GCCCGCCGCCCCGCGCCUCCCGAGCCCGCGGCCGCAGAGAGGGCGAGCGGGGCCGCGCUCCUCUCACCCUCCCCCCUCCCUUCCUCAGCCCCCGCUCCCCUUGGGCCGCCCGGCCCGGGGCGCAGCCGGCCCCGGCUCGGGAAGAUGCUGCAGUCGCUGGCGGGCAGCUCCUGCGUGCGGCUGGUCGAGCAGCACCGCUCGGCUUGGUGCUUCGCCUUGCUGGUCCUGGGGUACCUGCUCUACCUGGUGUUCGGCGCCGUGGUCUUCUCCUCGGUGGAGCUGCCCUACGAGGACCUGCUGCGCCAGGAGCUGGGCAAGCUGAAGCAGCGCUUCCUGGAGGAGCACGACUGCCUCUCGGAGCAGCAGCUGGAGCAGUUCCUGAUGCGGGUGCUGGAGGCCAGCAACUACGGCGUCUCGGUGCUCAGCAACGCUUCGGGCAACUGGAACUGGGACUUCACCUCCUCCCUCUUCUUCGCCAGCACCGUCCUCUCCACCACGGGUUAUGGACACACAGUGCCUUUAUCUGAUGGAGGAAAGGCCUUCUGCAUCAUCUACUCUGUCAUCGGGAUCCCAUUUACGCUGCUGUUCCUGACUGCAGUGGUGCAGCGCAUCAUUGUGUACGUCACCAGGCGGCCCGUACUUUACUUCCACAUUCGCUGGGGCUUCUCCAAGCAGAUUGUUGCAAUCAUCCACGCCAUGGUCCUUGGCUUCAUCACUGUCUCGUGCUUCUUCUUAAUCCCAGCGGCAAUAUUUUCUGUUCUGGAAGAUGACUGGAAUUUUUUGGAAUCUUUUUACUUUUGUUUCAUUUCCCUGAGCACCAUUGGCCUUGGAGACUAUGUGCCAGGAGAAGGCUACAACCAAAAAUUCCGAGAGCUGUAUAAAAUCGGAAUUACAUGUUAUCUGUUGCUGGGCCUUAUUGCAAUGUUAGUGGUUCUGGAGACUUUCUGUGAACUCCAUGAGCUCAAAAAGUUUAGGAAGUUGUUUUAUGUGAAGAAGGACAAGGAAGAGGACCAAGUGCAUAUAAUGGAACAUGACCAGCUCUCCUUCUCUUCCAUCUCAGACCAAGCAGCCUCCAUGAAGGACGAUCAGAAGGCAAACGAGCCUUUUGUGACUUCCCAGUCCCCGACUUCCAAUGACAGCUCUCUAAACAAUUAAUACAGGGGUAUCCAUACCAUUGUUUUGGUGCAUUUAUGCUACUUACUAUAAGAAAUAGAAUGCCUCAUAUUUUUUUCCUGAAAAUAUAAAAGCUGGAAGACUGUGCUACUUUAACAAAGAUUCAUCACUUCUGACAUAGAAAAGACUUCUGGGAAAAAUGUGGGAGCCACCCUGGGAAUAGGGAAAGAAUGUAGGUUGUGGCUGGGAACAUUAGGCCAUUUUGCUUGAGGGAUAAGGUGUUAGGUGUACCACUUUCAGAGGUGCCAGAGAGAAAGGCUUGCACAAGCAACUUCGUCCAACAUCUUAAGGAAAGUAGGCCUUCACUGGCAUCCAAGUCAUUUAGAUGCACACCCCAUCUUGCAAUUGGUGACAUAGCAAAUGCUGGGAUGUGCACUUUUGAUUGUCAGAAGUGUAGUCACAUACUUAAUCCACACACACCAAAUAACUUAAUCUGGAGAACUUUUCCAGAGCAAUAUCUAUUUAUCUGCUGGAGCAGGGAGUAUCUAGAUCAUCCCUCUAUAACCCCAGUAACUUGCAGGUGCAAAUAAUAAUCCUUGGAAUGAAAAAAACAACGCUGACGUCCUUCCUUUGCCCAUGCCAUUUACAUUCAGAUUUCCUACUUCCUCAGAAAGUCCUCAAUCACAAGAAAAAUGUUAUCCUGAAGAGAGUGUGCCUUGAUUCUUCUUGUUUGUCUUUGUAUGAAAUACUUCUAUAAAAGCUGAAAGGCAGCAAGAUCAAUUGCUGGGUGAGAUGAGGUUGUAAGGAAUAGACACAGCUGCAUUUCAGUCUCUGUCCUCUGAAAUGUCCAGGAGUGGGGUUUUAGCUAUGUAGAAAGGAACGAGAUAGAGAACUGAAAUUCAGUGUAUGCCAUGAUUGACACAGUCACCUGAUUGUGGCAUUCUUCUUGUAGAUGGUUAAAAUCUGUUCAGCGGAAGGACUUGGCAAUGUUUCUUCCACAGUCCAACCCAUUGUGUGCUCUCUGCUGAGCUGACAGGUGAGCGGAAGAACACAAAUAGUGUCACCUUUGAAUGUAACCCCUUUUUCUGCUUUUGCUUUUCUAACUAGUACUGAGAGCACUUUGGAGAAGGGAUGUUUCAGGGCAAAACAAUUUUUCAGUUUUUCAUAUGGCAAGAAAAAGGAAAAAUGUCACAUUUGGUUCGGAUGGAACCGAAAUUUUUUCCCCUUGGGAAAAGUCACUAAAAAGUCCAGAUCUCGCUCUUCUGAGGCUGGAACCUCUUUGGCUGUAGCAGGAGAGGUGUUUUAGUCCAGCCACCAGUCACUGUGCUGAAUGCAGGGACCUCAGAAUGAAUUUCAGUGAGCAGCAGAUGAGACUUAAGUGGUUGUAGUACUCUGUUCUGGCCUUAAGAAUCUAUGAUAUGGGAAUCUCAAUAAUGCUUUGCAAUGAACAAAAGACCUGGAGCACAAAUAGCCAUAUUAGGACAGCCUCCCACAAUAGGAAUAGUGCAGAGGAAAGCCUUUUCUCUGCAAUGCAAGCAUGCCAGAUUGCCUGUAAUUUGGCUUUUAGUGUUUAGAGCUGAAUAAUGUUUUAUUGUAAAAGAAAAAAAUGCAGUGUGUUUAGAUUUAGGAUGCGGGGGAAAAAUACUUGAAAGUAAACCACCCAAAAUAUACUGUGUUUGAGCUUAAUUAUAGCUAGCAUCAAACAGAUUUUAUAUCUUUAGUGGAGAAAAAUUUAUGGUUAAAUCAGCUGGAAAAUCUUCAAUUAAAAUUCAUCUUUAUAGAAAACCAGAGCUUAAGGUUUUGGUUGUUUUGGGUUUUAUAGAUUAGGUGAGAGCAUACUGUGUUUGCAUGUUCCCAGGAAAGUGGCUAUUUUUAUACUGCAUAAGUUAACACAGUUCUAUUUAUAAUGAAUGUUAACCAAUAUAUAUGUACAUAUAUACAUAAAUAUAUUUAUAUACUGUACAUAUAUCAUAAAACACCAGAGUUUAACAGACCUAGGAGUGGCAUUUAAGGUAUUUUUUUUUCCUUAGGCUUCUCUUUAUACAGUCAGUAAUUUAAAACUAUGGCAUUAAAAUAACACUGACAGAAAAUUAAGAGUACUGUACUACAAGAAGCAUUUAUACAGGUUUUUUUUUCCAGUGGAAUUUUAUUGUUUUCAGUACCUUAAAAUUCAAGAUUUCCUUUAAUUUCAGUGUAACAUUAAGCUCUAAAGGAUAUGCACAGAUGCUAAAUGAUAUACAAAGUUAAUUUUGCAGCGUGUAGACAGUUGCAAAAUGUAGACACGUGGAAUGAAAGCACAGAAUUCAAAGCCGAAGCGAUAAACUAAGCAGUAUAAUGUAACGUGAGUAUUUGUUAUUUGAAACUUAAAUAAAAAUUCUGGCUUUUGCCUGCCUGCACUAUGAA